AUGGAGCAAGCAGAACUAGAACCAUCCUCUCGUUCCAAGCGGGCUAAAUCCAUCAUCACUUUGGCUUUCGAGGCAUACCUAGAGACCCAAGAGGAAGAGAUCCCAAAGGCCGCCAAGUUAGACGGCCACUUCGCAGAAUGUCUAACCUACCAGCUUCGGUUGUUUCUCUUCGCUGGGACAGAUACAACGUCGAGUAGUACCACCUACGUGUACCACCUACUAUCUAAACAUCUUGAAGCCUUGGCUCACGUCCGGCAGGAACAUGACCGGAUUUUUGGACCAGAUCCUUCUGCUGUAGCGCAGCUCCUCUGCGAACAGCCGGCCCUGCUCAACCAAUGCUCAUAUACCAUGGCAGUGAUCAAAGACACUUUUCGGCUCUAUCCGCCUGCAGGAACUAUGCGUCAAGGCUGUGAUUGCCUGUCGCGGACCGAUAGGCGUGGUAAUGAAUAUCCUUUGAUGGACGAUAUAAGCGUCACCGUCUUACAGCAACCGACUCGCCGCAAUGCACGGGUGUAG